UUGUGUAUUCAUUUUGUUGUAUACUGGUAUGUUCUUUAUUUUUUACUGCCAAGUAAUAUAGGUUAACCAAUAGGCCUUCAUAAUGGUAAAUGUGAGGUUAGUUUGAUUGGUCCAGGAGAAUGGAUCUAGAGUUGUGUCCCUUGGAAUGUGAUUUACAAAUUUUUUAAAUACAGGAUUAAGUGAACCAUGGAAAAGUUAGGCCAUAAACGUGGUGCAGGACUUUCUCCAGGAGACAAUCAACCUCCUAAAAAGAAGCAUGGAAAGUCUGAAGAUUUGUCCUCUCGAUUUGUGCAUCAUGUUGUGGAUGUGUCCCAUGCAGAGCAGCCAUUGAGCUGUGACUCGGUCUGGCGCCAGUGGGGCCCUUAUCUGGCAGAGCGACACUGGGGCACAGUGAGGGAAGACGCUUCAAGGGAUGGUAAUUGCUGGGAUUACUUCCCCUUUGAUCAAGCGGGUGUGCGGGCAUACAGGUCAGGAGAAGAUGGGCUACUGGGCUUCUCUGACCACCAGGGGGAGCUGUGUAUUGGGCUGGCUCUGUCCAAUGGGAAAGAUGCUUUUCUGAAAGAGAGAUUGUUUGGCCUGGGUGGAUGUCAGGGUAACCAUGGAGAAGAUGUGAAAGAGCUGUAUUACUACCUCGAUGGAACUCCUUCCCACUCCUACAUGAAGGCACUCUACCGGUAUCCACAGCAACCGUUUCCAUACCAACAGUUGGUUGAAGAAAAUGCUCAACGUUCAGCAGUAGAUCCAGAGUUUGAGAUUGUGGACACUGGCUGUUUUGACGAUGGAGAGUAUUGGGACAUCUUUGUGGAAUAUGCCAAAGUGUCAGCUACAGAUAUUGUAUGUAGGUACUCCCUUCACAACAACGCUGGAAUCAAGGUUGACAUACAUGUGCUGCCUCAACUCUGGUUUAGUGGAUACACAUGUGCUGCUUCAACUCUGGUUUAUGUGGACAGUGGACAUGGAGGUGCUGCAUCAGCACUGGCUCAGUGGACGUGGAGGUGCUGCCUCAGCACUGGUUCAGGUGAGUCAUUCAGUACACCUGCCUCAGGGACAAAGUGUGCAGGAUAUUACCAUGUGACAGUCCCUGCAGGAGGCACAGCGAUCAUCAGGUGGCAGCUGUCAUGUGACUCAGAAACCAGCCAAUCAGAAUGUCUGUCUGCAGAGGGAAUUGAUAGCGUCAUAGAGCAGAGGAUUGCGGAGGCAGAUGAUUUCUAUGACAAAGUCAUUCCGUCACGGUGCUCUACAGAAGAGAGAAAUAUUAUUCGUCAAGCAUAUGCAGGCCUGCUCUGGAACAAGCAGUUCUAUUGCUACAAUGUCAAACAGUGGUUUCAGAGAAGAGAGAAGUUGCUGGGCUCUGGUACCGAGGAGCACCCAGCUGAUGAUGUCAGCACUUCACAUGGUUCUCAGCUAGACCUGACAGAAGACAGAGUUUCUGAGGAAUGUUCGAGGAUUGGUGACUGGGGGACACUGAAACCCUGCCAGCGGAACAUUGGCUGGCAACAUCUCCGAAACCAUGAUGUAAUCUCUAUGCCAGACAAGUGGGAGUUUCCAUGGUAUGCAGCAUGGGAUUUAGCAUUUCACAUGGUGCCUUUCUGUAGAAUUGAUUCGGAGUUUGCGAAACAGCAGCUGCUUCUCUUCCUGUCUGAGCGAUAUUUGCAUCCCUCAGGAAAGCUUCCAGCCUAUGAGUUUGCUCUGAGUGAUGUGAACCCGCCUGUCCAUGCCUGGGGGUGCUGGAAGGUUUACACCAGGACUGGGAGACAGGACAGACAUUUCCUAAAACAGUGCUGUCAUAAACUCCUUAUUAACUAUACGUGGUGGUUUAAUCAGAGAAGAUCUGAAGAUUUGUUCUUAUUUAGUGGUGGCUUCCUAGGCCUGGAUAACAUCAGUGUGCUGGACAGGUCAUCUGGUGUACCUGAGGGCUGGUCCCUCGAUCAGGCAGAUGCCACAGGGUGGAUGGCAUUUUAUUCCCUCCAUAUGCUGAAGAUUGUGGUGGAGUUAGCUCAUGGUGACAAAGUCUACAUAGAUCUCAUCCCUACCAUCUUCAGGAAUUUUGUCAGUAUCUCUGAGGACCUAAACAAGUCUACAGAAGAAGGAGGUUUAUGGGACGAUGCAGAUAGAUUUUUCUAUGAUGUAUUGCAUAGGACUGACAAGUGUGAACCAAUCAGAGUUCGCUCCCUUGUUGGCAUAGUUCCCUUAUUUGCUGUGUGUGUACUGAAUGUAUCGGAUCUUAAUGUCCUGACAGUUGAUGCCAACAGAAACGUCCUGGAAAUGUUUUUGGAGCAAGGCCAUAAGUUUGUUAGUGUACAGGGAGACAUGGUGCUGCUGUCAGCAUUGAGUGCAGGGCGAUCAAAGACAAUUCUCUCUUACCUCAUGAACACUGAGGAAUUUCUUUCCCCAUUUGGAAUCCGUUCCCUGUCUAAGUAUUACCUUGACCACCCCUAUUCCCUGACAAUAGAUGAGGUCUUUUACAGUAUUACAUUUGACCCGGGAGAGUCUACCACUUCUUGCUUUGGGGGGAACAGUAACUGGCGAGGCCCUGUGUGGUUUCCAAUGAAUUAUCUCAUCCUUGAAACACUGAUGACUCUGCACUGUUUUCAUGGCGAUGGUUGGAGUAAUGUGGAGUCUACUGGAGUAGAUACUGGUAUCAGUUUGAAAGCCAUGGUAGAAGAUAUUCAGAAACGCCUCAUCUCAUUGUUUUUGAUUGGAUCAGAUGAACGAAGACCCUGUCAUGGAGACUGUAACUUGUACAGUUCUCAGGAGGGCUGGAAAGACUUGAUUCUGUUCCAUGAAUAUUUCCACAGCGAAACAGGUAGAGGAUGUGGUGCAAGUCACCAAACUGGAUGGACUGCUUUAGUUGCAGAACUGUUUGAAGAUUUAACAGUUUGAACAUGUUGGCGCUUCGGAAGUGAUUAAUCAAUUUAUGUACAGGAACAAGGGUGUCCAGCAGUGAGGGUGUCCAGCAGUGGGGGUGUCCAGCAGUGAGGGUGUACCACAGCUAGGAUGUACAACAAUGAGGAUGUACAGCAAUUACAGGAAUUAGGGUGUACACCAGUGAGGGUGUACAGUAGUCAGGUGUACAGCAUUGAGGAUGUACAGCAUUGCGGGUGUACAACAAUGAGGAUUUAAAGCAUUGAUGGUGUACAGCAGUGAGGGAGUACAGCAACUAGGAUGUACAACAGCAAGGGUGUACAGCAUUAAGUAUGUACAACAUUGAGGGUGUAUAUAGCAAUGAGGGUGUACAACACUGAGGAUGUACAGAAUUGAGGUGUACAGACGUGAGGGUGUACAGAAGUGAGGAUGUACAACAAUGAUGUACAGAACUGAGGGUGUACAGCAGUGAGAGUGUACACCUAUGAGGAUGUGCAAAAGUGAGAGUAUACAGCAUUGAUGAUGUACAACAAUGAGGGUAUACAGCAGUGAGAGUGUACAGCAGUGAGGGUGUACAGAAGGGAGGGUGUAAAAUAGUGAGGGUAUACAGCACUGAAAGUGUGCAGCAGUGAGGGUGUACAAAAAUGAGGGUGUACAGCAGUGACAGUGUAAAGUAGUCAGGUGGGCAACAGUGAGGGUGUACAGCAUUGAAGUGUAUAGCAGUUUCCGAUCAAUGAGGGUGGCAAUGUAUAUUGUUCAAAACAAUACUGUUCAAACGUGUUAAAACAG